CCGGUGUGGGAUGUGGUCAAGACGUCAACAGAGAAGCUUGCCAGCUGUCACAUGGAGCUGGUGAGGAAACUACAGGAACUUAUAAAAGAGGUCCAGAAGUAUGUGGAGGAGCAGGCCAAAGCACACAAAAAGACAAAAGAAGAGGUGGCAUCCACCCUUGAGGCUGUGCAGAACAUCCAGACCACCUCUCAGGCUCUGCAGAAGUCCAAGGAGAUCUACAAUGCCAAAACCGUGGAGCAGGAGCGCCUCCGCAAAGAGGGGGCCACCCAGAGAGAUGUGGACAAGGCUGGAGUGAAAGCCAAAAGGCCACGGAGACCUACAAGUCAUACGUGGAGAAAUAUGCCGCCGCCAAGUCAGAGUUUGAACAGAAGAUGGCAGAAACAGCACAGAAAUUCCAAGACAUUGAAGAAAACCACACUCUCCACAUGAAGGAGAUCAUCCAGUCAUACUCGCAGUCCGUCGACGAAACACACGUUCAAAUAGGAGAGGUCCAGAAUGAAUUUGUGAGGAACGUUGAGAACACCUCAGUGGACAGUUUAAUACAGAAGCUGGCCGAGAGCAAAGGAACGGGCAAGGAGAGACCAGGACCCAUUGAGUUUGAGGAGUGCAAUACAGCUAUUGCUAUGGAAGGUGCCAAACCAAGAAAGAGAAAACCAUUCGGCAUCCCAGGUCGAAGGAAAGAUAAGGAUACAGACUCGACGGAGUCUACAGAAGUGGAAGCUGCUAACACUGCCAAUGGAGCUCCCCCUGGGUACUAUGGGGCCAUAGACAUCCAGAACGCUAACGUUCCCCAAGUUGAUGCAGAGGGCUUCUGCAUCAGACCGGAAGGAAAUGAGAACGAUGCCAAAGAGAAUUCCUUCUAUUCGUCCAGCGACUCGGAGGACGAAGAUGAACCCAGGAAGUUCCACGUAGAAAUUAAGCCCGUUCUGCCAAACAACGGCACGCACCAGAACAGAGCCACCAUCGACGAGCUUAAAGCCUCCAUCGGAAACAUCAGCUUGUCUCCAUCGACCUCGGGACCGAUGCGGAGGAACCAGUCCAGGAACACAGGAGUGUCUGCAUUAAGCUCUAAGGCUCAGGGUCCGGGUGAUGAGCUGGCAAAACCCAGAGUGCCAACACCAUACGAACUCACCAACAACGACCUUCUGUCUCUGGACCCGUUCGGCCCGACCCUUGCAGCAGGCUCCUCUUCCUCUGUGUCUUCAUCAACAGCUGAGGCGGUGACACAACGGGAGCGCUCCCCCCCUCUGACAGAGAGCCAGCAAUCCAAAGAAGUGUCCUCUUUCUCCUCGUCCACUUCCUCUCCCUGGGACUCCCCAGAAAACCCUUUCCAAGCCUUCAAGCCCGUGCCAGCGAGGGCCCAGAGCGCCCCCAUCACCCUGCCCACGGAGCCCGUCGACCCCAUCAGAAGCCCCUCAGCUGCCAGCCCCCCAAAGAGCGGCGACGCCUUCUCCUCCGUCAGCUGGUCCCAGAGCCAGUGGAUCGCCUUCAGUGAUAACUUAGCUCCAGCGCGCCGUCAGGGGUUCAGUGUGAAGGAGCUCCAGAGGCCCCACACCGGCCCCCCCCGGUCCACCCGCUGCCUCUCUGACGACUCUGCCGACGCAUACUGCAAAACGUCCGGCAGCAGAGAAGACCCCCGCUUUACUGACGUCUUCUCUGGGAUUACAGAGAGGGCGAUGGCAGCAGCUCAAACAGGCAACAUAUUGAAUGUGCCUUUACCAAAUCGACCAACCACCCCCCUCACAGCUGGAGCCCUGGUGCCCCCACCCCGACCCUCUUCCAGGCCCAAACUCCCCACAGGGAAACUCACAGGAAUCAAUGAGAUUGUACGGCCGUUCAGCCCAACCAAGACCUCCAAUGCCAGCCCCCCUCCCGCUGCGCCCCUUGCCCGGGCGGAGAGCUCCUCCUCUUUGUCCUCGAAUGCCUCACUCAGUGCCGGCAACACCCCCACUGUUGGAGCUGAGCCCCCCUCUGCUCCCCCCCUCUCAUCCCCAGAGCAAGAGCUGCUCUUCCUCUCUCCUUUCUUUCCUCUAAGCCAAAAGGAUGAUUCGUUCAUAGCCAAGCUGCCUACCUUUGAGAAGCGCUGUGAAACACCAGCAGGAACGUCUCGCGGCCCCAGCCCUGUGACUCUGGCGUCCCAAGAUGCUUUGCCCAUUGCCGUGGCCUUCACAGAAUCGGUUAAUGCUUACUUCAAAGGCGCUGAUCCCACUAAGUGCAUUGUGAAGAUCACAGGAGACAUGACCUUGUCGUUCCCCAUGGGCAUCAUCAAGGUGUUCACCUCCAACCCCUCCCCCGCCGUGCUCACCUUCAAACUGAAGAACACCAGCAGGCUGGAGCAGAUCCUCCCCAACCAACAGCUGCUGUACAGUGAUCCUUCCCAAAGUGACUCAAAUUCCAAGGACUUCUGGUUCAACAUGCAAGCGCUGACGUCCUACCUCAGAAAAGCCUCAGAUCAGAAUCCUACAGCUUCCUAUUACAACGUGGACAUCCUAAAAUAUCAGGUGCAGUCAGACGGGAUCCAUUCCACUCCUCUCAACCUGGCUGUGUACUGGAAGUGUACGCUGAGCACAUCCGACCUGCGGGUGGACUACCGCUACAACCCCGAGUCCAUGGCCCACCCCGGACCCCUGUCCAACGUCCAGAUCCUAGUGCCUGUGGACGGAGGGGUCACCAACAUGCACUCCCUGCCCAACUCCAUCUGGAAUGCAGAGCAGAAUAAGUGUCUGUGGAAGCUGAAUGACAUCUCGGAAAAGUCUGAAAAUGAAGGUGCCGGGUCCCUGAGGGCCAAGUUUGAACUGUCAGACGGACCCUCGAGCUUCUCCACCCUAGCAGUGCAGUUUAUGAGUGAGGGGAGCACCCUGUCAGGGGCGGACAUGGAGCUGGUGGGGGCGGGGUACAGACUGUCUCUCAACAAGAAGAGGUUUGCUACAGGACGUUAUAUGGCCGAUUGCUGAGGUGACCCAACACUCAUGAAACCAAAGCUUGUCAGACACAAACGGCUUCCUGAACCUCUGGAUCCAUCUGAGCUUUUGCCUGGGAGGCGAGAAUCUCACUACAAUAAAACAGCACUGAGUAUUGAACACUGUUUAAAAAAAAAAAGAAUAAAAGAAGACGAGCUUUCAGGAAAUGUGUAGAUAUGAAGUCUAAUAAUGCUUUCUGAUCAACUCACUUGUGUAUAGUCAGAAACAAUUUAUGAAUUAGAUAUAAAUCUAUAUUGUAUUUGAAAUCAGAAAAAAAAGUGCACUAACAAUCUUUAACAUGCUCUUCUUCCUCUUAUAGUCAUUUCUCAAGAGUCUAUAGGGAAUAUAAAACAAAACCAUGUCUGCGUGGAAGAAAAUAAUCUGCUCUUUCCUCUUUUCUGUGAACUGUAAAUAUUAACUCUGAUUAUUCUGCUCGACCAGCUCUGACUCAACGCUCAAAUCAGUUCUGUUUACUGAACCUUUCUCUUUCCAUGAUUUGUCUUUUUCUCAUCACGUGCAAUGAAGCAAUGAAGGUAUAAUCUGUCUUCAACACACACUUACACUAUGGCACAAGCUUGAUCUCUUAAAUAACAAGUGCUUUUUAACAAAUGCAAAAAAUCUGACCUCAGUGCCUCCUCUUAUUCUGUGGAUCAAAAGGCAAAAAACGUGCGUCAAUGAUUGGCCCACAUGUGGGUAGCUUUGAAUCGCCCCUAGUGGGGUCUGUGAUCAGCGGGAUCUUUUUUAAAUUCUAUAUGUUUCCCCUUUCAGUCAUGGCUUAUAUUUUUACAAUUCUUAAGCCCUUCAUUUUUAUACUUUUUGACCGUAAAACAUUGUCAAAUGUCAGUUGCUUUAAAAAACGAAUCAAGAGAGAUUACCCUAAAUAACUUGCAGCCUUUUUUUAAACUGGUGUUUUUUUUAUCAAACUUUGGUGCCCUAUUAAUGGAGAAAUGUGCCUGAAUCUAACUUUUCUCUCAUCUUGUUUGUAUACUACAACACAGUCAAUGAGAAUAGCACCAACAAUGUGCCAGUCUUUUUUUUUACUUCUACUAUUUGGAUGUUGAAGGGAAAAUCUCCUCUUUUUACAACUGCCUUCCAGCAAUGAAUGAGUCAUAUUGGCCUUAUUUGAUUGAAUUUAAUCAUCAAACUGUUUUAUAGCUUGUAUGUUUUCUAUUCAACACUCGUCUGUUGACUUGUACCCUCUCUCACAAUGUAAGUGAGUAGAAGCACAAUAAGGCCAAACUAAUGAUGGAAAUGCCUUAUCGCAACGUUUUGACGCUGAGUGAUCCUGUGUUGUUGACUGUGGUUAGAUAUUGUGACACAGUACUGCCAUUGACCUGUGAUACAUUACUGGCCUGUCUUUCACCCAGUGCAUGCUGGGAGAAGCCUCUUUUAACUAUACACAGCACAAGCGGGUAUAGAAAAUGGAUGGAUGGAUGAACAUGACCAUGUUUGACUCUCGUGCUUCAUUUCUGUCUUUUACUAAUGAAGGUUGCUGUAGAGGCUGCUGUACUUCUUGAUGGAGUACUUUUAUGUAUUUCAUUGUCCAAACCAUGUAACGAUCCUUUAAUUGGUUAAAAUGCUGGUAGAUGUAGUCAGUUACGUGGAAGCUGUGAUUCAAAAUUGAUGACACUUUUUAGGGCAGGGGUUUCUAACACUGACCUCUUGGAUAGGAUUUUAGAAAAUAACUUUUCACAUCAGGCUUCCUUUGAACCGUCAGCCAUAGAAAAGGCUCAAUAUGGCAGGUCCUUUAAGCUCAUAUCCAUACUUGAUUCACCCUUUGUCAAAUGAUCAUUUAUUUGAUUUCAUUCUUCACAUCAUUACCAGCUUUGUACAAUUCUGGAACACGAUUCAAGCCUUUAUUAAUAUUCUAGAGGCAAACAAUAAUCCUUAAGUGGCAGAUGGAAAGAUCCAUUUAAGUCUGUUGUGCUGAAAUGUGGUAUCACUCUGAACUUUAACCAGGUGUUUGAAACGAAUGAGUUCACACAAAAUCCCACAAUCGUAGCACCAGACAUUUGUACAGUGAGACAUCAGCGUGUAGCUCUGUGUUCCCUUUAUAAAGCAUACCUGUGGUUUUGAUCAGAACAGCCAAAUGCAUAAAAAGAACAACAAGUAAACAGAUUUCAUGUUCAGUGUUAGCAAGCUGGUUCUUGCUCUCCUAACGAAAAGUACAAAACAAAGUAAAGAGGCUCCUUUUUCCCUCACUUUCACAUCCUUUCUUUCUUUCUAUGUUGUAUUGGACAGAGUUUAAAGAGAGCAUUAUUGUGUAAAUGAUUCUCUUAAAUUGUACAUUUUUACCAAUAUCUCAGCCACUUUCUGUCUCAACUUUAUGAUUGCUCAUUGUGCCUGUAUUAAAUGUGUAAUAUAUGAAUAUAUACAAAUAUAUUAAAAUGACUAAGGGUG